UUGCGCGCUUCUUUAACCGUCUCUCGUUUUCAGUCGAACUUGCAUCCUCUUGUCUCUCAAAAUCCCACAAGACACUCGCAACGACCCUAUCUCCCGACGAUCCUCUUUGUUGACACCAACAUGGGUUCUGUUGUCAUUCCCCACCUAGUCACUGGCUGGCACGUCGACCAGGCCAUCCUCUCCGAAGACGAACGCCUUGUGGUCAUCCGCUUCGGCCGUGACUGGGAUCCCGACUGCAUGCGACAAGACGAAGUCCUCUACAAGAUCGCCGACCGAGUCAAAAACUUCGCCGUCAUCUACGUUUGCGACCUCGACCAAGUUCCAGACUUUAAACAGAUGUACGAGCUCUACGACCCAGUGACUCUCAUGUUCUUCUUCCGCAACAAACACAUGAUGUGUGAUUUCGGCACAGGCAACAACAAUAAGCUGAACUGGGUUCUCGAAGACAAGCAAGAGCUUAUCGACAUCAUCGAAACAAUCUACAAAGGCGCAAAAAAGGGUAGGGGUUUGGUGGUUUCGCCAAAAGAUUACUCGACAAGAUACCGAUACUAGACACUGGGAUUGGUGUUCUUGUCACCAGGCAGACAACGCGAGCAUUUUCUUCCGACGCUGUUGACAUCUUCUGCAGUGGCGGAAUCGUAUGCCCAGUCUCGCAAGAUUGUCUUCGCCUCUGAUGGCGGAUCACAGUCUCGAGAGGAGAAUUUGCAGCAUAUUGGGAAGUUAAGGAUGACUCUAUGGCAUAGGCUGCGGAUGGACGGCCACAAUGGCAACAAGCCACACACGAAGAAAGUGCAUUUUGGGACUGGAAGUGGUGGAGUUUGGAGCAGCUUUGUCUACCGAGACUAUGGCUCCAAGAGUCUUUGAUUGUCAAGUUCUCUUCUUCAGGUAUAUUUCUUCACUUCCCCCAAUCGCGGUCAGAGAGGGUCACUGUCGCUGCCACACAUGAGCGACAGCCUCUCUGAGAACCUCGCCCGCAAGUUAUUACCCGGAAUGUCGUAGACGUCGCACCCACGCACUGCAAAGCCACUCCCGUGCUUGUCAAGAUCGCCUGCGUCCACUAGGAUUGGUGUUACGGAGUAGGCUACUGAUCUAAUGUAAAAUACCAGGCACAUUUCUCUGUUGUAAGAUUGACGUUGGCUAGAUCACACGGGUUCGGAGCGAUGCUUCACAGGCACGAGAAUCAAGAUGUUUACUUCCCACA